GAUGCGCGGGAUAGUUGGUCACAGGCUACCGGUUCGUGCGAAUGUUCAGGAUCAACUUUCUUCGGGCGCCACGCGAUCUGUCAGAGAAACGAGGUUUCAUAUACUCUGGCCGACCACGUUUUGUAAUAUUCUACGAGCUGUGAACGUCCAGACGUAGCUCGCGUUGCUUGUAGCCUAGAUGCGAUCCAGUGUCUGUUCCUUCCAUCCUAAUUUCAAUCCCCUCAUGCCAUACAGGAACCGAUGGCGUCGCCACCGCAAGACCCUUUGCAAGUAUAGUGUCCUCCAACGGCUUUUAUCCUCUGCAAAGAACGGGAGGCCGAUAUAUUCGUACAAAGUAUGCUUAACACGCCAGACGAUUCUCAUUGCCCAUUAUCAACCGGUAAGUUCCGAUGUGUGGUUUAUUUAUGCCCGUCAUCUGCAGAUAUGCUGGUGCUAUGCUGCUCGAGAUAGGCUAUGGCUAUCUCGACGAGACCUAUGAGGACACGGCGGAGAAAGUGAGCACAGGCGCCUUUGAGACUGGCGGAGCGGGUUCUACGAUAGUGCACUUCUUCCCGAUCCUUGAAAUAUCUGCCAACGUGGAUGCCGCGAGAAGGCUUCCAGCACAACGCUUUGAAGAUUCAUGCCAUCGGUGAACAUGCGAGAAACGUCGCCUUGAAGGUCAAGGAGGAUGUGACUUCGGGCGCUGCAUUAAUAUGCAAAAUAUCCUCAAAGAGAUAGCCGAAUCCACAGCAGACGAUAAAUUCGAAUCCCAACUUCGGCGACCGAGCAUCGCUUACACACCUAGAACGCGCCUACGUAGAAAGAGGUCCACCGGUAAGUGCAUUCAUCUACUCUGGAAGCGAAUAGUGGUUGAUCAGGUAGAUGGAGUGCCGUUGUGCCUCUCUGUGAGCCGUAUAAGAUCUAACGUCAGUGGAUGGGAGGAAGCGCUAACGCGAUUCUAGCGUUACCUCAUCGGCUCGGAAGAUGAUGAAUAGCACGGCUAUCACAUGCGAGGUGGCACCAUGAUUGUGCCGAACAUCGAGUGCAUACCUCAGUGACACAUUUACGAGAACCCCUUGUCAAUGCGAACGCGAA